AUGCAUAUCUCGGUACCAUUUCCCAAUGCCAAGCCAGAGGACCCUGAGUAUAGCCUCCCACAAAACUAUCUUCUGGGACAUCACCCUACAUUGGAUUCUUUCAGAAACUCAGUCCGAGAUGGUUGUAUCAUGUGCUGUUGCCUAGAGUCUUACCUUGUGAAAGAAGAAGACGACGCCAACCGGAAGAUUGCGCAACUCGGUUAUUUCUCUCUCUUCACAGUUGAGUUCCAGAAUAAAGACGCAACUAUGCAUGUAUACGUCCGCGAUACAUAUGGUUUCCUAAAUCUGAGUUCAUGUACCACCUCAGAUCUCCAGAUCAAUUUAGACCCAAGCCCAUCCAUGAUAGAUGAUACAGCCUGGGACUUGAUUCAAAGCUGGCUAGACACGUGUAUAAGAACCCAUAAGCGCUGCAAUGAACGCGAACAGGUUGUACCAGACCGCCUUCUACAGCUAGACCGUGCUUCUGAAUCCUUUCGCCUUAUCAACAAAAGAGAACUAGAGCCCAGCGUCCGCUAUGUCACCCUCACUCACUGCUACAAUAUUGAUAAUCAGAGCCUUCAGCUCACCCAAUCAACACUGGAACAACUCUCCUCUUCACAGCCCCUUUCAACCUUGCCUUUAGCAUACCGGGAUGCCUUUUCAGUCAUAUCCCGGUUAGGCCUUUCCUAUCUAUGGAUUGAUCGUCUCUGUGUUUUCCAGACUGAUCGUACGGAGCCUUAUCGGGCUACUGAUAACAACCAGUUACGGGAUAUAUUUUCCAAUGCAUUCUUGGGUAUUGCUACAACAGGAUCAACAUCACCUUCCUCUGGUCUUUUCGCUACGCACCAUCGGUGCCUUAUUACGCCUACUGUCCUCCACAUCCCUGUGGAUGAUAAAGGAACUAUGGUCCCAUACAUGGCUAAGAGUGAGCAACAGGGAGAGAAGGUCAUCGACUUUUGGGAUGAACCCCUCUCUAAGAGCGCCCAAGCCAUGAAUCAGCGGCUGUUAACACCUCGAAUGCUUCAUUUUGGGCGCUCCCUAAUAUAUUGGGAGUGUCACAGUGCUAUUUGCGAUGAGACUCAUCCAAAAGGCAGACUUAACUUUCCAGACUUUUACUUCGGGUUGGAGGGCGAAAAGACACAAACCGGGCAGGAACUUCAAACUAUAUGGAAGCCACUUCUCGAUGUUGUCUUCCCAGCAGCAGACCCAGUCGAUCAAGUAUUCGUUCACUGGUUUGCUCUUUUGGAAAGGUUUGCUCUAUGCAGUUUCUCAUCGCCAGGGGAAAGGCUGGCUAGGGUAGCCGGUCUGGCUUCCGAAAUGGGAGAAUCAUUAAGCCAGCGGGGUUAUAAUAAUACAGCAUACUUCGCUGGAAUGUGGAAAGCUAUGCUUCCUGGUGGCUUACUGUGGAAUAUCCGUAAAGACGGUCAUCGUCCAGCGGGAAAUAACGUACCAUCGUGGAGCUGGGCUGCUGUUGAGGGUCCUUUGGUUAUCCAGAAAGUGACACCGGAAAGAGCCAACGAAGGUCUUAUCUGUGAGCUUGUCUCUGCCAAUAUGAGCACUCCGAGCUUCGAACAAGUCACCGGAAUUUCAGAUGGAGUGGUCGUACUCAAAGGGAAGCUAUUUUCUGGAAAAGCAGCACAAAAUACCACAUUGCCACCUUCUAUCGGAACAAUAGCAGAAACAAGAUGGGAUCUUAAGAGUCUAGCUACUGUUGGCGGCAGUCCCAUUGCGUUUGACGCGCCAAACUCGAUGCAGGGUCUUAAUUGGACUGUGGUUUUUGAUACCAAACAGGAUGUGACAUGCGACAUAUUUUGCUUUCCAAUUUAUAUGAACCUAGAAAAAGAGCAAUGGCAUCGAAUCGCUGGGCUGGUUUUAUCUCAGCUUGAUGAUGGCCGCUUUGCUCGGCGUGGUUUAUGGAGUAUAGUAGUAGACUCUACAGAGAAGGCGCUGGAAAUUAUUGAUAGUGUGCCUAACCAAGAUAUAGAAAUUGUCUGA